UUAUCCUUGGCAAUCUAGUGAUCCUUGGUAAUCUAGUUAUCCUUGGUAAACUAGUAAUCCUUGGUAAUCUGGUUAUCCUUGGUAAUCAAGUUUUCCUUGGCAAUCUAGUUAUUCCUAGUAAUGUAGUUAUCCUUGGUAAUCUAGCUAUCCUUACUAAACUAGCUAUCCUUGCUAAUCUAAUUAUCCUUGGUAAUAUAGUUAUCCUUGGUAAUCUAAUUAUCCUUGGUAAUCUAGUUAUCCUUGGUAAUCUGGAUAUCCUUGGUAAUCUGGUUAUCCUUGGUAAUCUAGUUUUCUUUGGUAAUCUAGUUAUUCCUAGUUAUGUAGUUAUCCUUGGUAAUUUAGCAAUCGUUACUAAUCUAGCUAUCCUUACUAAUCUAGUUAUCCUUGGUAAUCUGGUUAAUUGUUAUCCUUAA